AGAAAUUUCUGCAGCUCCAGCAGGAGGCCAUUGUACACCCAGCCCCUCCUCCUCCAGUCCCCAGCAACCGUGCAGAGUCCCUAACAACCGGACACUUCCAUGUCUGGACAGAGCGCGUGUGCUGUGCAAUGUACAGAGUGGUCUGGCUCCAUGAUGUGAUCUGUGCAUCAAGUAAAGAUUCCUCCCAUAAUUCUGCACAGCAGGUGAUCGGCUUCUCCACUUUACACUGAUGUCAUGGAAGAUCCAACCAGAUCCCCUGGAACCAGAUUCCCCCCACUUCCUCGCUACGUCACCCAACCUCAGCCAGGUGUUGGCGAUGGUGGUGUCCAGUCUCCUUCAGGUCACAGUCAGCGUACAGCAUUGAUUCCCGCUGAACAUUUGUGUUGUCAUCUGUCAGAACUGCGCUCAUCCUCCAGUCAUGUGUCAUCUGCCGACGUGUCCCAGGUGGCCGGCGAAGUGGUCCGCUUUAUCAGUGGCUCCCCUCUGGAGUUCGAUCGCAGAUGGUGGCUGCAGCUGGUGGACAUCCUCAAGCUCCUCCACCCGUUGCAGGAAUGUUUGUCUGACGAUCGCGGAAUCCUCCUGCCGGCCCUGGAGAGAGUCCAUCGACAGUAUGAAGAACACCGGAGCACACUGAGUGACCUGGACAUACCUGGCGCUCUGGCUGCUGCCUUCCCCCUGGACCACUCCAAAUUGUUCAAACUUCCAAAAGACCUGGAGAAGCUCUACCAACCACAACCCCCAGCUGUCCUUCUCCGAGACCUGCCACUCUACCUGGCCAGUGUGGGCACAGAGCUUGCCACUUCUGAGUCCAUAUGGCGCCACAACCCGGGAAGCACUUCCAUGGCACUGCGAACCAACCUACCCGUAGAGGUGUUUCCAGAUCUUGCACUGAAGUCGUUCUGGCAGGUCCCCACCCGUCCAUUUCCUCCUCCUUCUUCUCCUCGCCAGCGGUUGCGCCGAGAGAGGAGCGUGGAAGGCGUGUCUGCUGACAUCAGCGGGUACACAGCUGCGGAGCUGCUGGUCCAGUACAGACAUCUGGGCAAAGUUGUCUUCCUCUAUCUUAACAAGAUGAAUAGGAUCAGGGAUUGCCACUAUGACCUACAUAUCGUUCCUCCGUCUAAGCUUCACCCAGAACACUUUGUCUUCUCACCGUUUGGGAUUCUCCAUGUGGACCCACUGGAUGGUUCUGAGACGUUGGAGCUUGGCAUGUGGCAUCGGGAGGCCGUGGUGUGCCGAGCUGUGAGGACCAUCCCCUUCUUUAGAGAUUUCCUGAAGAGAAGAGCGAUAAAGAGAUGGAGAAUGAAUGUCCGCCAGAUUCACUUUCUCAGAAAACAGGAAUUCAUAAGCAGAAACCUUGUCCAGGCUGUCCCCCAUUAUGCAGCAUCCCUGCAGCAUGUCCUCAGGCUUCUUCAGGAGUUGGCAGAUAUCCCCUGGCUUCCUGUCAGCCCAUCUUGCACUCAGUCUAUUCAGCAAAUGGAAUUAACCUUGUCAGAAAUGAGAUGUGAGGCUGGGAACCAUCUGUAUCGCCUGCUGGUCCUGGUGGUCAAAAUCCUGGAGCUGGUGAGAGAGGACACAUACACCUUGCUGAAGACCACGCAGAGGGAUGCCCAACUAGCCCAGUCCAAGCACAGCCCAGUAAAGAGCUCUAGGGGGGGACAUCAACAAGUGGAGUCCUGGCUGCACCGACUGGGCAACUUUGCUUCUCUUGUUGGACAUAUGAUUUGCCAGAACCUGUCUAUUGUCAUCCAGCAAAAUAUCCUGGCCUUUGUUAAUGAUGUCAUCCAGACUCCGCCGGUACAUGAAUCGUCUUUCUUGCAAGUCACCCUGGAGUUCGGGGAGGCAGCGGAGCUGACCCUCUGCCCUUCUGAAGAUCAAAUAGAAAAAAGCUUCACUCAGGCGCUGGACUCUGUACUGAAUUCUGUCCUGCAGGUGACAGAGCUGUUUCUCCAGAAUAAGGUGAAUCUUCAACAGUCUUCAACAGCAAACUUGUCGGAUCCCAAAGAGCCCGAUUGCCCCAGGCUCCUAGCCUUAAGUGAGGAGCAAAUACGGACAGUUAUUCAUUCUCCGGCUCCCCCACCUGGUACAUGCAGGGAACUGCCCAAAGAUGGAGAGCUGAGGGUUAAGGGACACCUUCAUAGAUCCCAUUAUCUACCCCUGAAUCUAACAUCACUUUCAUACCUCAUCAGCAGUGACCCCUCCAUCUGCCAGGCCAGAGAGAUGCUGCAGAGACUGCUGGAGGAAAGCCUGGCCGAGGUGAGGAUGUUUUGUCAGGAACACAAGUGGGUGUCGGAGAUCCGCCAGUAUGUCCAGUCUUGGUCUCCCGAAAUCUUGGAGAAGCUCCGGGGUGGAACAGCCAGAGAGUACGAAGAUCUUAUCCUGAGACUGCAGCGCUGGGAGGAGAGAGUUUACGGAGUGCGAGACUCCAUCACCACGCCUGUCUUAUCUGUCAGCUGCUCCACCAUCCAGGUACAGACAGGUCCCAGUCUGACUUCCAUUAUCCAGGAUAUUUUCUCCCUCCUGACCUCUGAGGUUGCCGGCCGUUCACAGGUCCUCAUUGAGGAGCUUAGCCAUGUUCUGGAGAUUUUCCAAGGAGCCACCACGAAUGUCCAGUCUUUCUCCGCAUGCGCGCAUAAGGUAACGGAGUACACUCAGAACAAGAAGGAAUUGCAGGAACGUGUAGAAUAUGUGCAAUCGCUUCGUGAGGUUAUCCGAAUGAAUUUUCGCCAGGCAACUGCAGAGGAGCAAAUCGAGAACAGUAAGCUGGUGGACACCUGGGAUUCCUUCCAACAUCAACUGAAGACCAGUGCAGAGUACCUGAGCGGUCACCUUUCCUCCAUGUCUGACAGCUUAGAGCAAUCCUUCCUAGAAUGUUACAGAGAGGCGGAGGGCAUCAUCACAGCCGCUUCAUCUCCUCGAUUUCUGGACCCGGAACAGAACCCAGCACUAAUAUUGACUGAUCUGGGAGAUCUGCGCCACAAUCUGCGGACUCUCCUUUCUCAGCUGCGAGAUUUCAGCCACUCUCAUCACAUUUUACAAGGUAAAGCAUUAGACAUCUCAGCAAUCAGUCAUGGAGAGCAGUGCAUACAGGCAAGACAGGAAUCCUGGAAGCUGCUGACAAGAAGCCAAGAGCAGGUCAGAGAUUGGAAGCUUCGUCCCUUCGUCAAGGUGAACACUGAGCAGAUGAGGGAGAAGUUGUGUCGCUGGGAGCGAAGUCUCCAGGAUCUGACAGCGCUGCUGUCAGCGGAUGACCCCAUUAUAAGCAGCGCGCGGUUGAUUCUGCAGGAAAUCUCCCAGCACCUUCCGCUGCUCCAAUCUUUGCUCAGCCCAGCACUGACACCGAGCCACUGGGCGGCCAUCUUCACCGUGAUGGGGUCGACGUUCUCCAGUGUGGAGGCCCUGACAUUGGAGGAUCUUUUGUCUCAUCUGACACCCAACGGCCAGGAGGAGAUGCAGAAGGUCGUCCUCCGGGCUCAGGCUGACUUCUCUCUGGCCAUGGACCUGAAGACCAUUCAGACGUUCUGGAAGGAGAAGGAAUUCCGGCUGGUUAGAUUUCUUCUCUGUGUCCCUACACAAGACCCCUCCCCUGACCGCUCCAAGAGACCGCCGAGCGGCCGAUUCCGUGAGCCACAGAGCGGACUGUGUACUCAGGACAGUGGCACCUACCUCCUGAGCGACACUCGCUCCCUCUGCGGUCUCAUUGAUGACAACCUGCUGUCCCUUCAGACAAUGAGAGGGUCUCCUUUCUCCACCAAUAUUUGUGAUGACAUUUCAGGGUGGAUCCAGAAGCUUCAGGAUUUGGCACUUGCUCUGGAUCUCUGGAUCUCUUUCCAGCGGCGAUGGGUCUUCCUGACGAAGGUUCAGUGUGAGCUGGAGACACAGCUUCCCAGUCUGGAGAUGUUCCUGCCCAUUGACCAGACUUUUCGCUCAUUCCUGGAGGUGACACGUCAAGAUCCUCUGGUUUUGUCCAUCCUAAAUCCCAGAAGAAAGAGGGAUCACCAUUUUCAUGGCGAAGCUUUAUGUUCUGCCCUUCGUACAGGAAUCAGUGUCAUGGAAGACAUCAUAAUAAACAUGGCGGAUGUACUGCAUUCAUACUGCUAUGCGUUUCCACGACUCUUCUUUUUGGGUGACCAGGAUUUGGUGGAAAUUCUUGCCGCCUCUCCAGAACCUUCUGAACGUCUGCCCUGUGCCCUCUUAUGUUUCCCCCAUCUUACUGACGUGACUUUUCAGAGUCAGUCCCCCAACAUGUCCACGUUUCCCCUCUAUAGCAGCCAGUCAUUAACUCUGGGGGUGACGGGGAACUUCCAAGAGAUGCUGACCUUCAAAUCUGCCAUUCAGUGGAAUCCAAAGACUGUUUCAUGGCUGAUACAGAUGGAGAGCCGGCUGAAGGACAAUAUUAGAGAUCAGCUGGAGCUUUGUCUGUCUGAAUUCAGGAAGGAAAGUCUUGAGGGUACAGGACAGUGUGUAGCUAGGGGAAUAUCCUAUCCCUGGCAAUGUUUAGCGGUCACCGAGGAAGUGCUGUGGUGUGAAGGUAUAGAGAAGGUCCUCCUUACCGACCAGAAGUCAUCUCUAAAAAACCAGCACAGAUUAAAAAUACAGCUCCUAACUGACAGAUUGACAAACUACACACAGGUUGUCACUAAAGAAACCCUCUACAGGGAACAGGCUUUUUUCUCAGCCUGGAUAAUAUUAGCCAUACAGCAGAGGGACCGAACACUAAGUCUGCUGAACACUGAGAUACAGACAUUGAACUCUUUCUCCUGGUCCAAGCUGUUUAAGUACAGGGUUUCACCGAGAUUGUGCUCUGAAAAUGUAACGCAUGACAAUGAUGAUCCAGAGAUAUCGGACUCACAAACACAUCCAGGAUCAUCAUCACUUCAAUGCUAUGUGGAUGUGUGUGGCUACCGUUUGCCAUAUGGAUAUGAGUAUGUUGGGUUGGACAUGAGCAUUGCAGAAACACCGCUUUCUGAGAAAACAGCUCUUGGCCUGAUAAUGGGACUACACCAUUCCCAGUGUGCGGCUGUGAUUGGCCAAGACGAGAGUAGCAGAAUGCAGACUUUGAUGGUUCUAGGCAACACUCUUGGCCGCCAUGUUGAGGUGUUGAAAUGCUGGUCUGGACUAACGCUGAAGAGACUUACUCAGCACCUCCAGGGAGCUCUGCAAAGUGGGGCCUGGCUUGUUUUGGGUGCUGUGCACAAAUUAAAGAGCAGCAUCCAGGCAUCGCUAGGACAGCUUCUUCAGGAAAUACAGUCUUCCUGCCAGGGUUUGAUGGGGGAGGGGAAGUCCAUGGAUCAUCCCAAAUUACAAGGCAGUAUCCAGUUAAAUGGAUUGACAGUACCAGUGAAUCAGGGUUAUGGUUGCUUUGUGACUCUUCCUGACAUUAACAGUUCCUGUCCCCUCCCACAGAACCUUCGCCUCCUCCUCAGACCAGUGUCCUUCCGCCCUCCUGAACUCUGCUCCUCAGCAGAACUUGCAUUUCUUGCUGCGGGGUUCCGGGGACAUUUCAAUCUUGCCCGCAGGAUAGCAAGAUUUUUUCAGCUAGCCCAGGAGUGUGGGGCUGUCUCUGCAGGCAAAGCUUCCAUCCUUAUGAAAACUGUAAUACAGAGAGCCAUCUCUAUAUUAAAGAUAAACAACUCCUUUAGCAGCAUUGAGAACUGCAGAGAAGAUAAGGCAUCUCAGGGAACGACUGAAGAAACUGAUUACAACUCUGUAGAUCCACAUUUCAUCAACUCCAGAAAUAAUACUGUGCGCAUCAACCUACAGGAAGAAAAGAGCAUUAUGAUAGCAAUCUCCACAUUGUCCCUUUGGUCUAGUCUUUCGGUAUCUCAACUUAGUCACCUUCAAAACAUCCUCAAAGGUAUUUUCCCAAUGUACAUGCCUCCAUUUAUUGCCAACAAGGACACUGCUCUGUGGAGUGCCAUUGCUCAAAAUAUGCAAGAAUCUGGCCUUGAAGUUCAUGCAGAACUCAGUAAUAAUAUUGUGCAACUCUUCCAGGCACUUCGGCAUAGUUCUGGAGUUCUGCUGACAGGUCCACCAGGUGGAGGAAAAACCACUUGCUGGAAAGUUCUCCAUCGAGCCUUAAAUAUCCUAGCAGAACAUGUGGAUCCUCUGGAAUCUGAUAAAGCCCUGAAUGUUCACAUUGAUGACAAACACCAACCAGUACACGUUGUCCAUCUCUUUCCCAACAGUCUGAGCCCUACGGAAUUCCUGGGUGGGGAAAGGGAUGAGGAACAAACCAACGGAAUUUUCUCCAACAUUCUCCGCAGGGCAGAACGAGAGUCUUCAACAGAGAAGUGGGUGAUACUUGAUGGUUCUGCAACCCCGGGAUGGAUAGAGCCCAUUUCCUGUCUAUUUGGCCCACACCCAACACUGACUUUGGCCAGUGGACAGCGGCUUCAUAUCAACAAUUGUAUCAAACUGUUAUUUGAAAUGGCUGACAUGUCGACACUGAGUCCUGCUGUAUCAACCGCAUGCAGCGUUGUACACUGUGGUGGACAGGAGACAUGGAAGGUGAUACUCAGAGCCUUCACAUCCAGUUUAUACGUAAAGUACAGAAUCUCGUGGAGCACACAGCACCUUCUCCAAAAUCUAAGUGAUAGUUUGAUACCCAGAACUCUUUGCUUCUUGGAGCAGCACUGCACCUCCGCAUUGUACCCACACAGUGUGCAGUCUAGAAACACAGCAUGCGGUGUGCAGGAAGUCUCCUCUUUCUGCGCAAUUCUCCAAGCGCUUAUGGAUCAGCGUCUCCUGAGGAUCUCUGCUCAGACAUCUGAAAUUCCAGAGCUCCUACAGAAAACUCCUGGUGUCGCAAAAGUCAAUGAUGAUUCCCGAUUGACCACAGAACCCCCAAUUGGCAUUGCUGGAGGUCAUUUCACCGAGUCACCAGGCUUUUCCCACCAGGACGUUACAGACAGUAGCCACCACUGUGCACAAAGCUACUUCCUUUAUGCUUUUAUCUGGGGGUUUGGUGGACACCUCCAUCCUAAACAUCGUUCUGAAUUCGACAAAUUUUUUCGUGAGUCUCUGUCAGAUUUUGCAGUACAAAAUAAGAUUCCUCCAGACAUAUCAGUGUUUGAAGUGACGCCGAGCACAGAUGGGACCAAUCUCACACCCUGUCCCAGGACUCUUCUACCACAGUCAGAGAGCCCCCUGUAUGCAGCUCAGUUGCUGGCUUCUUCUGGACACCCGCUACUAUUGGUGGGGUCUCCUGGUAGUGGGAAGACCACCCUUGUGCAAUCAGCGAUACCACAUGGAUCAUUAUCUCUGAGGAUUUCAUUUCAUCCAGUGUUAAAAGCUGCACACUUGAGACAUCUCCUCACAGUCAAACAAGAAGCCCCUCCUCCUUUGGGGCUGAAACGAGCCCGACCCCGCCGAGUCCGCCAUGUUUUCUUCCUGGAUGACCUGCAUGAAGCAGCAGCUGGUUCUGAGGGACACUCCCAUCCUGCUUUAGAGGUGGUACGUCAUGUUCUGUCAGACCCAUCUUCCUCUACAUCUAGUAUCUUCCUGGCCACAGCGAGUCCUCCUGAUUAUGGCUUCACUCCCUUGCCCCCCAGACUUUCUCGCUUGUUUUCUGUGCUUGUUCUAGCUCCAUUUGGACCAGAGAUCCUACUCACCUUGUUUACUACUCGCUUUACGACUUGGCUGAAGAAAUCGGCCCCUGUCCAGCUUCCUAAAGAGUUUGGAGAAGCCUUGGCUCUGGCCUCCAUCCAUCUUUAUCAGAAAGUCAUCCAAGCUCUUCCCCCAAAAUACUGCUUCUCCCUCCAUCACCUGCAUAGGGUGCUCCGGAGUAUGACAUUCCUGUGCCCAUCACCAGGGACACAUCUAUCAGUACCACCUGCUGCUGGUGCCCCCAGCCCCUUACUGAUCAGAUAUGGUGUUGUCCGUCUUUGGAUGCAUGAAGUGUUGCGCACAUUUCGUGAUGGUCUGGAUACCCAGAUGGACAUAGAGAAGUUCACAGUUCUCCUUCAGGAUUGCACAGUGGUGGCAUUCUGCACUCAGGAACCCCCAGAGAAUACUUCAGAUGAGGACUCCCUGCCCUUAGCACUUUCCUCAGAUAUCAUAACAGAGACUUGUCCAUCAUCAGCUGAAACCAAGGAAACUCGAGGAGUGGAAGAGAUGACGUGUGAAGACCAAGCAGUGGAGAAAACUGAAGAGGCAAAAUUAUUCACAAAUACAGAUGUGAGUACAAUUACAAGCCGUGUUUCCUCCCCAUUGACUCAGGAAACAGAGAGUCUACUUCCUAUUGAACUGGUCUUGGAUGAUCAACCCAUUGAAGAUCUGAAUUUCUGCCACGAAUCCCAUCUUGGUACCAUAGAAAAAGUAGACUCUCUGACUUACAAAGAACGCCCACUAAACACCAUCACCACCGUACAGACUAAGGACCUGACUCUAAGUCCUGCUGACCAGCUGCACCUUUCCCGUCUCAAACGAGCACUUCUUCUCCCCCGGGGGCACUUAGUUUUGCUCUCACAACAUCCCAGCACUGGUAGAAAAAGCCUGGCAAGACUAGCAGCCCAAAUCACCCAUUGUACUUUACUGGAAAUUAGCGGCAAAGAGAAAGCAGAGGAAAUCCAUGCUGUGAUUAGAGAGGCCUGUUGGAAAGCUGGAGUCCUGGGAACUGCCACAGUUCUUCUAGUCGAUGAGGGCACCACACAGACAUCUCUGAGAGAACUAGAGGUUCUGAUCCGUGAAGGGACCUUUCCAGGACUGUACAGCAAAGACGAAGAAGAUAAAUUAAUGCAAGCUGUACUGCAAGUAGAAAAGAACCGCAACAGGCCUACUGGCGACAGAGCUUUGCGAGAAAGGUACAGCAGCCAGAUUCGGGAUAACCUUCAUGUCAUAUUUAUUCAGAGAGGCCCGAGCCCUUCCCCCCGGCUCUCCCGGUACACCUAUACAGACAUUUAUCAGCCAUGGGACUUCUCCUCUCUUUAUUACGUUUCUGAGAAGCUUCUACAGCAGCUGCCAGGUACCUGGAGCUCACCCGUAUCUCUUCCCAAAGUGAUGUCUCUUAUCCACCUAUCGGCUCAGGGUUAUUGUCAGAGGAUGUGGCCGGAACUCCCACUGACCUCCCCGAGGACCUUCAUCUCCUUCAUCAAUAUCUUCCUUAAAUUCUUUGCACAUUGUAGAGAUACCAUUGUGAAGGAAAUAGAACGGCUCCAGUCCGCGGUGUCCCGGGUGGAGGAGGUUUAUGUGGAACGGGAAAGGUGGACAAAGGAAGCCGAAAUCCUCUCCCAAAGACAGCAAGACGCAGAGCUGGAGACAGAGCGCCGUAGGAAAGAACUGGAAGAGACACGGGAAGGGGAGCGCCAGGUGAGGGCGGAAUGUGAGGAGCUGGAAAGAUCCAAAGAACGUUUGAGAAACCAAGUCAACACAUUACAGGGCCACAGACAACUCCAACUGGAAGAGGCCUGUGUCCAGUGGUCGGAGGUCCAGAAGCAGCUGAAAUUGUCGGAUGUGGAGGAGAUAAGGAGUUACAGAGCCCCCCCGCCCCCGGUAAUAAUGGUCACUGAUGUCCUGUGUACUGUGUUCGGAAAAGAGCCCGGAUGGGAGAGCGCCAAACUACUGCUGGGGCAAGAAGAAUUCUAUCAGGAUCUGCAGUUCUAUGAUGGUCGUGGGAUGUCAGACGCUGUGUUCUGCGCUCUGUCUCGUGCAGUCAGAGGGUCUGAAUUUAGCGCUUCCUGUGUCAGGCCGGCCAGUGCAGCGGCUGCGUCUCUCUGCGAAUGGUUGCGUGGUCUCCACCAAUGCUGCAGCGUGCUCCGGAAGCUGGAGAAGAGCAGAAGCCUUCUGUCCCGAGCAGAGGCACAGGACUCGGAGGUGGCUGAAAGGAUAGCAGAGCGGAGGCUCCAACAGGAGUGUCUGAGGGUCCAGAUAGAGCAGCUCUCCCUCCAGCUGAAGAUCACCAGAAGGGAAGAAGAAGACCUCCGCAGACAGGUGACGCUGUGUCAGGAGAAGCAGAGACUGGCAGAGGAGUAUGAAGACAGGGCACAACCUCACCAGUCAGUAUGGAGAUCUGCUCUGGAGACUUUACAGAACCGUCUUCAGUUGGUUCCAGCUCAGUCUCUUCUUGUUGCUGCCUCUAUUUCCUACCUUGGCAGUCUCCCAUGGCCUCGCUGUACGGCAUUAUUGGAGAAGUGGCAGAGGCUGUGCAAUGGGGUGGAAGUUCCUCUGGAUCCAGAUGAUGUUAGGGACACUCUGGACCGCUCCGGGCACAAUGAAGGGUCCCUCCUCCUAGAGGUGCUCAGCAUUCCAACAGAGAAGAUAGGAUGGUUUAGAAGGAGAUUGCCGGUCACUAUAGAGACACAGAUCCGUGCCACACUGCUCCGAGCCGGGAACCGGUAUGCAGAUACCCUGAUGCUGGUCAUAGAUCCAGAUUUCAUGGCUGAGAGGUGGCUGUCUGCUCUACUGGGGACAGACGAGACAGGUUCACCUGAAACCCAGGAAGGCCAGAGCCGAAAUCUGCAGGUCAUUGAUGCCUCUGAAUCGGGACUAUCUCAGAAACUGGAUGUGGCAGUAAGAGGAGGUGUGCCAGUUCUCAUUGCCAACACGGAGAAGAAUUUGUCCUGUGUGAACAGCGUACAACAAUUAUUCCAUCGGGUCAGAAACUCUCCAAAUUCUAGAGAAUCUUCACUCAUAACUCCACCCUCCCCUGAGCUCCUGAGCUGUCCCCACCCCAGAGGAGCCAUGUCCACCCCAGAGGAUGAAGCACCACUGACUUUCCAAGUUUUCCUGAGCACUUCUCUCCCUCUGCGGGAGUUUGUGGAGGAAGCUGGUCCAGCCUUCAUAAAAGAGGUGACGGUGAUGGAUCUGAGUCUUGGUUCUGCCGGACUGAAGGAAGAGCUCAUCCACCAGAUUCUGUUGCUUAAAGAUCCACGCCUGCAGGACGAGAGGAGGAGUCUCUACACAAACUAUUUAAAACUGACUGGGAGCAUGAAGCAAGCCAAGGACACUUUUCUGGAUUACGUCACCUCCGACUCUGUGCCACUUCUUCAGAGAACAGACUUUCUGCACCAAGUGACCGCAUGUGAGGAGCGACAGAGCUCACUGGUGGAGUCCCUUAAUGACGUUGAGGUUCUUCAGCACCGGGUAGCAGAUAAUAUUGCCCAGCACACGUCUGCAGCAGAACAGUGCUGCAAUCUGUACUGCCGCCUGCAGGAGAUAUCACGGCUAUGUCCGCAGUACCACUUCCCCGCCAGGUCUGUUUUGUGCUGGGCUGCCUGGGCACUGCGCAGUAAGGUGAAGGAGGGGAGUACCAUAGAGAAUGUACUGACCACUGGGAUCCUCUCUCAUGUGCUCCCUGCUCUUACAGAAGAGCACAAAAAAAUAUUCAGAGUGCUGCUGGCGGUAGGACAGCCACCCGAUUUAGAGUGGUUCUCUUUCUUGGGACUUGCGAGUAAGACGGCUGCAGAGGCGUCUUCAUCCUACAUCCAGAGACCCCAAUGGCUGAGUCCCAUUGCCUGGGAGGAACUCCAACAACUGGAAAGGAUGCCUUGUUUCCAGGGUAUCAGAUCCUCAUUGAGCACACAGGCCCGCCAGUGGCAGGAAUACUUUAGACUCUGCUCCACAGUGAUCGGACCCAUUCCCUGCUCCAACUUUUCCCACCUCACACUCUUCCAGACGGCUAUCUUAUGGCGAAUUGUGAAGCCGGAGAGCCUGGGCCUGGUGAUGACCAACCUCGUCACCUGUAUUCUGGGACCAGAUUCUGCAGACCAAGAAGAAGAUAUUAUUGCUGUAUCUGAUGCACAUUCUCCAGUUAUAUUCCCAAUUCCUGGAUGUUCUCCGCUGCCGUACCAUCCCCAAGACUUUAUCCUGCAAAAGGCUCGGAGCAAUGGGAAGGAGGUGAAAGUGGUGAUGUGCAGCUCAUCCCUUCCCGACAAUGAGAUCACAAACUCAUUAGUGAGAAGCCAGCAGGAGGGUCUCUGGGUCCUGCUGCAUUGGCACCCCAAGCUGGCCAGUGUGCUAGAGGCUGCCAAAGAAGAUCCGGCACAGAUAAAUCCUGAGUUUCGGAUGUGUAUUAUUGUAGAGGAGGAGAAGCUUGGCACUGUGUUAGCUCACUUGAGGCGAUACUGGCAGGCCACACCCUGCGUGUUUCGGCCCACACUCCGCCACCUUCUUCCACAGAGCUGCACGUCAAAUGCAGAAGAAUUCGGGGAGCGGCUGAAUGAUUCCCAAAUGCUGAGGUUACUGACUCUCCACAGCAUUCUCCUCCUCAGACAGGAAUACGGCAACUAUGUCCAAAGUGAUGUUUAUGCCUGGGGUUACGAGGAGCUGAGAUUGGCACUACAUUGUGCAGAAAGGAUGACCUCUGGCUCUACAGACUGGGUGGACACCAUGUCUUAUCUCACAGGUGAAAUCAUAUAUGGAGGUCACAUUGUGGAUGAAGGGGAUGCUCAGAGUAUCAUGGUGGCUGUGCAGCAAUGUCUACAGGACCAGCCACAUCUCCGACUCAGCCGCGGACUCUCCAGCUUCCUGUCUACAGUGGCAGCGGGCAGAAUGACAGGUCCUGGAGUUUACAGCAUCCAGAGGUUCUUGCAGAACUUGUCCAGUCAGCGGAACCCAGCAGCUCUAGGAUUGAAUGAGGGGCUGCAUAAUAUAGCCAUGGAGGUCUAUGGACGCAAAGUGCUACCUGACCUGCUGAUUACGCAAGAUAUCUGGACCAUCCAAAUGAAUAAAAAAGACAGUCAGACUGAUGGACAGCAGAUGAAUGACCUGGCUGGAAUUGAGAAUACUUUUAGAAGCAGUUCUUCAGCUUCUUCAUGUAGUCCAAAAUUAGAAAUAAUUUGGGAGAACCCUUUAAGCCAAUGUCUGUCACAGCUGAUGGACCUUAAAGGUAUUCAAGAAGCACGGCAGAAGGAGCUGGCCAAUCUGGAUGUUCAAAAUGGAAUAGAAGACGUAGAUUGUUGUCAUACUCAUCAAAGAGAGAACGAGCUGGAGGGAAAGAACCAAAAUACUGAUCUAACAGAGGAGACACAAGCCAGAGGCAAUAAGAGGCCAACUGGAUCAACAGGUGAAGAAGAUACCUCAAAUGGACGCAAUAAGCCAUUACUGGCAUGGAGGAGGCCUUCGCCCUUACUCAGCUUUUUGCGGGAAGAGUGGGAUCUGCUGUGUGGACUCAUCAAUCAGGUCAUCCAAGAGUUAAAGGACGCAGACUCACCCUGCUGCUGUUUGCGGUGUCAGAGGAUUAGGGAGGCUAUCUCUGAGAGACGUGUGCCAACAUGGUGGAACAUCUACUCUUCCAGCUCUCCAACAGUCACGCCUCUGUCCUGGAUCUCCAGCCUAAUAACCCAUAUGAAGCUUCUGUCCAGCUAUGUCUGUGAACCAUCACUUCAAGUAUCCUACAACCUUAGCGCCUUUCGCCAUCCAGCUCAGGUUCUGCAACGUGUCCUGAUGGAGCAAGCACUGAGAGAUCGUCAAGAACUAGACAAAUACUCUCUGCACAUCCAGGUGUCGGACAGAAGAGAGCCCCCAGUGGACGGUGUGUGCAUUGCACUGGGUGGGAUACACCUGAAGCACGCCCUAUGGGACACCAGGCUGUGUACUCUGCAGGAGACCCUGUCCGCAAAGCUGUGUGCUCUACCGGAACUUCAAAUCACUGCUGUGCAGGGAAAAGACAGAGCCACGUGCCAGCAGAAUAUUUCGGGCUGUUAUCUGUGCCCUGUGUAUUUACAUCAGGCUCCUGAGGGCCACACUCAGCAUCGACAGCAGCCAUUACUAUACAUACCGCUCCCUACUAAGAUGGCUCCUGCUGUGUGGAGCCUGCGCAGAGUCCACGCCCUCAGCCUGCUGUGACAUCACCGAGAGGAGCCGGGCCAGGAAAUUCUCAUCGACAUGCCAUUUGCAGAUUUCAGAUGGUCCUCUAACUGAAAUUAUAGCCACAGUUUUUCCUCCCAAUAUUAUUCCCCUAGUAUCAUUUGCACUUUGUUUUCUUUUAAUGUUCAGAAAAUAAAUUUCUCUAUAAAAAA